GAAAUAAUCCUUUUUUUUUAUGAUAAAUACAUGUUUAUAUCAAAUGUCUCUCUCAGUGGAAUAUUGACUUCAAACUUACUAGUUUGUGGAUGAAAACAUAUGAUUUCACUCCUCUACUUUUCUUCAGCUGACUCAGAAUGGUCACACUGAAGGUAUAUAAAUGAUCGUGUUGUUUCAGAAAAGCGGAUUACUUCAGUCAAAUUAAAAAUUGCCCCACAUUGCCGCUCAGGAGAUUCUGUAAUCCUCCAAGCACCUAGAGAGAUGUAAUUCCAUAAUUCAUGGAAUUUUCCUUUUGCUGGAUAAAAUGUGGGAAAGUAUAAAAAUAAAUAUGCAGAUGGGUGAUAAAAUAAGUAUGUAGGCGGGUGAUAGAAUAACUCCAUUCACUUAGGCUGCGUCUUUGAAUCCGUGUCUUGAUCUUACUUGUAAUUCCUGUGUAUUACUGAUCAGAUUGGAAUUCGUACUGGCGUAGUGGUCAUUUUGCGUGCAAACCAGAACUACCAUAAUGACCUUGGUCUUUUCUAUUUGCUACCUAAUCCAGGAUUUUAAUGCAGGUUAACACUGUGCUUGUUGUGACCUAUUUUACCGUGUAAGCUUUUAAGAACAUCAUGAUUUGACAUAUGUCGGGCAUGCUUGGAUAAACUGCCCCGCCAAGCACAUGAAAGGUAAACCUAGGAAUGAUAGAAAUUUGAGAGAUGAAUCUUGAUCAGUACAAGACACCAGAGGCAGCUUUUCGGCUAAAUUAUCUUUGCGCCAUUAAACUAAUUACAGCUGAGUGAUGGUGACAUGAUUCCCCUGUGAGGCCAGAUUUCAGCUCUGCACUCCACACAGUCCUAACCCACCGAGGAGAGGUGCUGACUGUUCUGAUGCCGACUUUCCAAUUGCCUUGAUUAAAGUAGAAACAUUCUAUGGCUUGGAUGACUUACAUUUCAAAUUGGUUUGAUCAAGAUGAUUGGUAUGAAGGACUACAAAGAGCAAACAUGUCCCAGGUAAGGCAAGUGGGACUCCUAGCUGCUGGAUGUCAGCCUUGGAACAAAGAUGUUUGCGCUGCCCAUGGAGACAGGUUUGCGUACUGUGCUACCCUGGCCAUCUAUAUUUAUCAGUUGGAUCACCGUUAUAAUGAAUUCAAACUCCACGCAAUUAUGUCUGAACAUAAAAAAACAAUCACAGCUCUCUCUUGGUGUCCACAUAACCCUGAUCUGUUUGCAAGUGGCGGUACCGAUAACUUAGUGAUCAUUUGGAAUGUUGCAGAACAAAAAGUCAUUGCUAAGCUCGACAAUACAAAAGGGGUGCCUGCCUCUCUCAGCUGGUGCUGGAAUGCAGGUGAUACGGUGGCAUUUGUUUCCCACAGAGGCCCGCUGUUCAUUUGGACUAUCUCAGGACCAGAGAGUGGGGUGACUGUUCACAGGGAAGCUCACAGCUUCUUGUCUGAUAUCUGUAUAUUCAGAUGGCAUAGCCAAAAAAGGGGGAAAGUUGUAUUUGGUCAUAUUGAUGGAAGUCUGUCAAUUUUUCAACCAGGUAGUAAAAGUCAGAAACAUGUUCUGAGACCUGACUCUCUUGAAGGGACAGAUGAAGAAGAUCCAGUGACAGCCCUGGAAUGGGACCCGCUGUCUACCGAUUAUCUCCUUGUGGCUAAUUUGCACUUUGGAAUUCGCCUGCUAGAUUCGGAAUCCCUUUAUUGCAUCACAACAUUUAAUUUUCCCAGUGCAGCGGCUUCUGUCCAGUGCUUGGCCUGGGUUCCCAGUGCUCCCGGGAUGUUUGUCACUGGAGAUUCUCAAGUGGGUGUUUUGCGUAUUUGGAAUGUUUCACGAACAACACCUAUAGAUAAUUUUAAACUAAAGAAAACAGGGUUUCACUGCUUACAUGUACUUAAUUCUCCUCCAAGAAAAAAAUUUUCAACCCAGUCUCCAACUAAAAAUCAUUAUACGUCCUCAACAAGUGAAGCAGUUCCUCCCCCAACUUUGACACAGAAUCAAGCAUUUUCUCUUCCUCCCGGUCACGUCGUGUGCUGUUUCUUGGAUGGUGGGGUUGGGCUUUAUGACCUAGGAGCCAAGAAGUGGGAUUUUCUUAGGGACUUGGGGCAUGUGGAAACAAUCUUUGACUGCAAAUUCAAACCCGACGACCCCAAUCUUUUGGCGACAGCUUCAUUUGAUGGCACCAUAAAAGUCUGGGACAUAAACACGUUGACAGCCGUGCACACGUCCCCGGGGAACGAAGGCGUUGUUUACUCCCUCUCAUGGGCUCCAGGUGACUUAAACUGCAUUGCUGGUGCAACGUCCCGAAAUGGUGCUUUUAUUUGGGAUGUGAAAAGGGGCAAAAUGGUACAGCGAUUUAAUGAGCAUGGAAAAAACGGAAUAUUCUGCGUUGCCUGGAGUCAUAAAGAUUCCAAAAGAAUAGCCACCUGCAGUGGUGACGGUUUCUGCAUUAUCCGAACAGUUGACGGUCAAGUGUUGCACAGGUACAAGCACCCCGCUGCGGUGUUCGGUUGUGACUGGAGCCAGAACAACAAAGACAUGAUAGCCACUGGCUGUGAAGAUAAAAAUGUUCGUGUCUAUUACGUAGCCACCAGCUCUGAUCAACCGCUGAAAGUCUUCAGUGGGCACACUGCCAAAGUGUUCCAUGUUAGAUGGUCUCCUCUGCGGGAGGGAAUUCUUUGCAGUGGCUCUGAUGACGGUUCUGUUCGAAUCUGGGAUUAUACUCAGGAUGCUUGCAUAAACAUUCUUAGUGGCCACACUGCACCUGUGAGGGGAUUAAUGUGGAAUACUGAAAUCCCUUACCUUCUCCUGUCUGGCAGCUGGGACUACACUAUAAAAGUAUGGGACACUCGAGAAGGAACUUGUUUGGAUACUGUUUAUGAUCACGGUGCAGAUGUAUAUGGGUUAACAUGCCAUCCCAGCCGCCCCUUCACCAUGGCAUCUUGUUCCCGUGACUCUACAGUGAGACUCUGGUCAUUAACACCUUUAAUCGCUCCUUUACCAAUAAAUAUUCUGGCAGACAGAUCUUGGGAAGAAAUUAUCGGGAACAUUGAUCAUGCUGUGGAACAAGGCACUCCCCCUCUAUUGUGUGGUAAAGUAUCAAGAGAUAUUAAACACGAAAUAGAGAAGCUAACUGGUAAUCCUCGAGCAAAGAAGCUAAGAUGGUUUUCAGAGUGUUUAUCACCUCCAGGUGGCAGUGACAACUUAUGGAACUUAGUUGCUGUGGUAAAAGGACAGGACGACAGCUUGCUCCCUCAGAACUACCGUAAAGGAAUAAUGCAUGUGAAACAUCUGGUUAAAUUUAGAACGUCUGAAGCCCAAGAAUUAACAACAGUCAAGAUGUCUAAAUUUGGUGGUGGUAUUGGUGUUCCUACUAAAGAGGAAAGACUGAAGGAGGCUGCAGAGAUACAUUUGAGAUUAGGACAAAUUCAGAGAUACUGUGAACUUAUGGUUGAACUUGGAGAGUGGGACAAGGCCUUGUCAGUCGCACCGGGGGUGUCUGUGAAAUACUGGAAGAAGUUAAUGCAGAGGAGAGCUGAUCAGUUAAUCCAGGAAGAUAAGGAUGAUGUCAUUCCAUACUGCAUCGCCAUUGGAGAUGUGAAAAAAUUAGUGAAUUUUUUUAUGUCAAGAGGUCAGCUUACAGAAGCUCUGCUUGUUGCACAGGCUGCUUGUGAGGGAAACAUGCAGACCGUACAUGUUUCCACACCUAAAGGAUCUUCAUAUCCUGAUGAUAUCUACAAGGAAGACUGUCAUGAACUCCUGCACAAAGUCAGUGAAGAACUAGCGGAAUGGUAUUUUCAGGAUGGUCGCGCAGUGUUAGCCGCAUGUUGCCAGCUAGCCGUAGAUAAUACUGAGCUUGCUAUGGCAUACCUGAUUCGUGGAAAUGAACUGGAGUUGGCCGUCAGUGUGGGCACAGUGCUCGGAGAGCCUGCUGCACCCACAACCCACUAUGCCCUGGAAUUGCUGGCGAGAAAAUGCAUGAUGAUUCCACCAUGCUUUCCAUCUGUUGGAUACAGGAAUUUGGCAGCUGAUCUUCUCCUGAUGACUCCUGACAAUGAACUACAGUUAGUUAAACUCUGUGCUUUCUACCCAGGGUGUACUGAAGAGAUAAAUGAUCUUCAUGAGAAGUGCAAGCUACCCACAGUAGAAGAAUGUAUGCAGUUAGCAGAGGCUGCCCUUGCGGAUGGUAAUAUAUUUGAAACUGUGAAGUAUUUCUUGUUAAGUCAAGAGCCUGAAAAAGCCCUUCCUAUUGGUAUUGACUUCAUCAAAGAAUGCAUCAGUAGCUCAGAAUGGACAUUGGAUACCGUUUACCCCGUUCUUGACCUAUUGAGUUAUAUCCGUACUGAAAAAUUAGUCUUGCAUACGUGUACUAAAGCUCGAAAUGAAUUGCUCAUCUUAUGUGGUUAUAUUGGUGCAUUAUUGGCCAUCAGAAGACAGUACCAAAGCAUUGUUCCAGCACUUUAUGAGUACACAAGUCAGCUGUUAAAACGUCGGGUGGUAUCAGUGCCUUUAAAAAUUGAGCACCUCUCUGAGGAAUUGGAUGCGUGGAGAGCUUGCACACGGUCCACAAGCCGAUCACCAGAAGAAUCUCCAUAUACACCCCCUUCUGAUUCACAAAGAAUGGUUUAUGCAACUUUACUAAAGAGACUACAAGAAGAACCACUCAAAGGAAUUGUUGGGCCAGAUUAUGUGACUGGAUCAAAUCUGCCCAGUCAUUCAGAUAUUCACAUCUCUUGUCUUACGGGAUUAAAAAUCCAGGUACAGCCUAAUGGCCCUGUAUUUUUCCUUGAAGACGGGAAAUCUGCUAUCUCAUUGAAUGACGCUUUGAUGUGGGCAAAGGUGAACCCAUUCUCACCUUUAGGGACUGGAAUACGACUCAACCCAUUUUGACAGGUUUUUCUCCAUGUUUAACUGUUUUUUAAAAAAGACCUUUUGUGGGUUAAUAUUACCUUAACUUUUGUUGUGCACAACCACAGGUUGAGGGGAGAAGGGGAGGUGGGAAUAACAGUUGACUUAAUUCAUCAACUUCAAAAAAUAAAAUAGUUAUGUAAUUUCAAGGAAAAAUAGGUGUAUUCUUUAUAAAAUAGAGUAGCCAUAUUUGGGAGAAAGAUAAUAUUUAAGUUAUAUAAAAGACCGAAAAAUAUAAAAGAGCAUAUUAAAGUUUCAGAAAGCAUAAAAGGUACCAAAAGACUAUAUUUUUGAAACUUUGAAACAUAUAAAAUAACACAACAGAUAGAAUAGUGCUUGACAUGUAGUAAGUACUUAAGGAAUAUUGGAAUAUCAACAUGUAACUAAGGUAUAUAUGACUGAUCUUCGAGUUAACAAACACCUAUAUUGUCCUCUGUAAAAUAUAUAGUAAACCACUAGUUUUAGUUCAUAUUUAAUAAAAAGUUUCCAGUUACGAGCUUACUGCGUGUCAAUAAAUGGAUACACAGUCAAAAUACUUACGAGUUUUAUUUUUUA